ACACCCAAAAGCAAUUUUCAGCACCUCAUUAAAUUUCUCCAGAAGUAAAACAGUUCAAAAAGUCGAAUUAAAAACGAAAAAAAUUUCUCCUCAUCGUGAAUGGAUUGCAUUUUUAAAGAAAACAAGAAAAAGUGUAAGAACAAAAAGAAAAACAGAAAUGAAGAAUUUUAUAUUCUUUUACUAUGUGAGCCUUUGUUGCAUCUCGCAACUGUAGAAAUAAUUGUGAAACAAAUAAAGAAGAAAGAAGGAACACAUUUCAAUUGAGGAAGAUUUAAGACCAAAGAAAUUCCAGAACAAGAGGAAGUUUUAUUAAAAAAUUCAUAAGAAAAAGAUCUGAAGACUCUCUUGUUCUCGAAAAAAAAGAAGACUUAAAGUACAAUAAGAAGCCAUUCGAAGAAGAAGAGUUAACUGAGCAUACUUAUACAGUGCACAAAUUUUUAUAUAAAAAGCCAUAGUCAUGGAUGCGAGUUGCUUCUACUGUCAGUUUAGUCUGAAUACAGCUGGUAUAAUAAUUGGAGUUUAUGAAAUCGUUCAAUAUACUCUGCUCUUCUUUUUCGCUCUACAUUUCUUCAAAGAUGAUUCAGAUUUCCUUACAAUUGUCACCUGCUGUUUAUGUGCCCUCAUUAUUGUAUCGGCAUUACUGGUCUAUGGAUCAUUCAAAAACAUCAGACGGUACGUUGUGUCAUGGAUAUUUGUCGUAGCACUUAUUGUCGUUAUUCAACUUAUGGUUCUCUUCGAUGUCAUUCACGUCGUCAAUACAAAAAGUAGUGAGGCGUCUGAUAAAUCAUUUCUUUAUACAGCUUUAGAAGUUUUCUGUUUAGUUUUAAACAUUAGUUUUCUCAUAAUUAUGAUGGAGUUUCAACGGAAAUUAAAAGAGCAAGAGGAUGAUGAUCGCUUACCAUAGAAAUUUAUAUAUAUAAAAAUAAUAUAGAGUGAACAGCAUGAAUGAAAGAAAAGUUUGUAAUAAAUUGGCGUCAGCUGAGGAUGAUAGAAUGAGUAAGGAAAAUGCAAUUUCAGCAAAGCUUUAAGUCAAUUAGAUUAAGAACUUUAAAUUAAAUUUUUUUAGUGUUCGUUCGGCAAUUAGAUUUAACUAGUUUUCUCAAAACUAAAAUUUAUUAUAUUUUUCAUUUCUUUAUACAUCGACAGCGGGGAAAAUUUUUUUGCUCGCUUUAAGUGCCUUGUCAUCGUUGACUUAUAUUAAUGACAUAAACGAAAAUCAAAAGAAAUCAAUUAUAAUGAAUCAUUUAGCUUCUAUGCAAUUUUUUGUGUCAUUAAAAUAUCUAUUUUAUAAGCUCGGAAAGUAUUUUUUGUAGGGUUUGUCGGUGGUGAUUGAUUUGGGUAUUUUAAAAGUUAUUUUAAUUAAUAGAGCAUAUUUAUUUAACAUACAGUCGAGGCUAUUGAGAGUUAUUCAUUAGUGUUGAGCAACUUUUGAGAGUGGGAAGGGUCUGAUAGUUUUUGACA